GACGCGAAGAUUAUUGUCAAACUCGGUGCAAAAUGGCGAAAUAAGAAAACAACUUGCUAGCUAGCUAAUAGCUCUCCAACUUUUCAACGCCGGAGAAGACAAAAACGGGCUGACAAAGGGGGAGAUGGGAAACACUAGCAGUGAGAGGGCCGGCAUGGGCCAGGGGGAGAAGGCGCACCGGCGGGACAGCCGGGGGGCCAAGGAGGGGGACCGGCCCAAAAUCCUAAUGGACAGCUCCGAGGAUGCAGACAUCUUUCACACAGAAGACAUAAAGGCGCCUCUGGAGAAAGAUGAGUUCCUGGCGUGGCGGCAGGACUUGGAGGCGAACGACAAGGGUCCGACCCAGGCCAGGCCGACCGUUUUCCGCUGGAAGGGCGCCGGUAAAGACAUCUUUCUCUCGGGAUCGUUCAACAACUGGGCCAACAAGAUCCCGCUGACCAGGAGUCAGAACAACUUUGUGGCCAUAUUGGAUCUGCCAGAGGGAGAGCACCAGUACAAGUUCUACGUCGAUGGACAGUGGACUCAUGACCCAUCAGAGCCUACUGUGACCAACCAGCUGGGCACAGUGAACAAUGUCAUCCAGGUGAAGAAGACUGACUUUGAGGUGUUUGACGCUCUCAUGGUCGACUCACAGAAAUGCUCGGACAUGUCAGACGUGUCCAGCUCCCCGCCCGGGCCAUACCACCAGGACCCCUACGUAUGCAAGCUGGAGGAGAAGUUCAAGACCCCGCCCAUACUGCCACCCCACCUGCUGCAGGUCAUCCUCAACAAGGACACCGGCAUCUCUUGUGACCCCGCCUUGCUCCCGGAGCCCAACCAUGUGAUGCUCAAUCACCUGUACGCCCUCUCCAUCAAGGAUGGAGUGAUGGUCUUGAGUGCCACCCACCGUUACAAGAAGAAGUACGUCACCACGCUGCUUUACAAGCCCAUUUGACCAAAGAGCUCAAGUCUUUGUAUCUUUGUAGUUGUAAAUUUUUUUAUUUUACUUUCUUAAUCAGUAAUGAUUAAGUCUUAAUGAAUUAAUGAGCCUUCCGUCAUUCCUGCGCGAGCGCUGUCCAUCCUCUCCUACAUUCCGUCCGGUCCACCGAGGACUGUGAUUGGCCAGGGGGUGAGGGAGUUGUGUUCGGCCUUGUCAUGUGACCUCUUGGCUGUUCGGACAUUGCUCCUUCUGUUUCCAUGACAAUGCUAUGGAAACAGGGGGAACCCCCCUCUGUGGGGAUGCAUCUGUGCAGCACCAGCGUUCUCAGGUCCCCUGCAAGCAGAACGAGCCCCCAGCGAGGGGCAUGUUACUCCUGAUUACCCAGCAUUCCUUGGUGUACAGUGAUCAAUUAAUGAAUGUGUACACUGAAUGUGAUGAGGGGGGCAUCUGCGUGUUGACACACAGAGGGAGUAUUAAGAAUGACUCCAAGCUCUGUCCCUAUGUCCCUCUUACUGAGUGUGAAUAGUUUUUUUUGUGGAAAAACACUGGGACCAACAAACAAAAAAAGGAAAACUGCAUAGCAGAAGAUCAGAAAGACAGCUACGCUGUGAGUGUGGUUUUGCUGAUUUACAAGGAGUCUGAAACCCUUUUUUUACCCCAAUAAAGACCCCCAAU